AAAUGUUAUUUAUUUAUUUAAAGUUAGACCUUUAUAAAAUAUUAAUGAAUUUUUGAUUUAUCAUAAUUAACUGUUAUAAAAUAAGUUAUACUACUAAUAACAUUGAUGUAGUUUAUUUUUAUUUUUUGGUAAUUAUAUGGAAAUAAGGAAAUGGAUCUCACAAAAUGUAACUUAUUAAAUUUCGUAUGGUUUUCAAUUCUACUUAUUUUUGUUUUAAUAACAGUAAAAUUAUAUAAUCCAAGGAAAUUAUUACUGGCCAAAAAUAUACCAGGACCAAAAGGUUGGUUAAUAUUAUGGUUGUUUUUUGAUUAUAUAAAUGGAUCAAAAAACUUUUCUAUUAGAAUGAUCGAAAUUUAUAAAAUGUAAUUACAGCCAAGAUAAGAUAAUAUUCAAAUUUUGGCUUGGUCCACUGAUGUGUGUAGUUCCUACUACACCAGAAGAUAUAAAAACUCUGUUAUUACACCCUAAAGUACAAAAAAAAGGUUUAUUUUAUAAAACUAUGCGAGAAACAUUCUUAGGAGAAGGUUUAACUACAAAUAACAAUUUAGCAAAAUGGCAUAAACACAGAAAAAUUGUUUCAUCAAGUUUAAAUAAUAACAAAAUGAAAUCAUUUAUUCAAAUAUUUUAUGAAGAAGCAAACAUUUUAUCUAAUAUGAUUCUAGACAUUUCUAACAAAGAAUCAAAUGAAUGUGAAAUUAGUGUUCCUAUAUCGUUGACUACUAUGAAAAUAAUAAAAAAAUCGGUUUUUGGUAAUGAUAUAAGUAUGAAGAAUGAAAAAUACGAUUUUACAGUGGUAAAAUGCAUUCAAACUUUAAUGAUGAUAGUUGAAUACAGAAUUCGAAAUUUGUGGUAUUUAAAUAAAUCAUUAUUUAAAUGGUCUGCAAUGGGGAAAAUUGAAGAGAGAUGUAAAAAAGAAUUUCUAACAUAUAUUGAUUGUUUAAUGGGAAUGCAAGAUAAAGAGUUGAACAAAUUUGAAUCUUAUACUAAAAGUAAUCUAAAAGAUUCAUCUAAAAAUGGCCAUAAAAUUCAAUCAAUUAUGGAUAGUAUAGUUGAAAACUCAAGCGGAAUGACGUAUAAAAAUAUUCGAGAUGAAACUUCAACGUUAAUAGGAGCUGGACAAGACACAACAGCGUUUACAAAUACUUGUGUAAUAUUUCACUUAGCUUAUCACCAAGAUAUUCAACAUAAGGUAUUUGAAGAGCAAGAAGUAAUAUUUUCUACUGGUGAUUACAAUAGACAACCUACCUAUGAUGACUUAAAUAAGAUGAAAUAUUUAGAGAGAGUAAUCAAAGAAACUUUACGAAUAAACCCACCAGUACAAUUAAUUACGAGAGAUAUUGAAGAAGAAAUUGAUAUGGGCAAUUAUAUUUUACCAGCAGAUUCUCAGUUGUUUGUUUAUAUUGGUUAUCUUCAUCGGAGUUCUUUAUAUUAUAAAGAUCCUAAAAGUUUCAAUCCUGAUAACUUCUUACCAGAGACAUGCAAAAAUCGGCACCCAUAUGCAUUUUUGCCAUUUAGCGGUGGUCCAAGGAAUUGUAUAGGAAAUAAAUUUGCAAUGCUUCAAAUGAAAACCAUUAUAUCUACACUGAUUAGGAAAAAUAUUUUUUUUCCUUCGCAACGUUACUCCUCUCCAACCGAGUUGCAAUUUAAAUAUUCAAUAACUACCAAAUUUGCUAAUGAUUGUUUCGUUAAAAUAAAAUCUAGGCAAUUAAUGUGAACAAAAUUGUAAGCGAAUAGUACAGAUAAUAUCAACAAAAUCAUAUGUAAGGGAUUUUAUUCAAACUCACAUUGCAAUACUUAUAUAUUCGACUUUUAUUUAAAUUAAAAUCUAUCAAUUUUAAUGAAUACUACUUGGGAAAAAAAAUAGUUAUUUUUUUUUUUAAAUAGUACUAUUAAAAAUGUAAACAAAUUUAAUACAAUUUAAACGAAUAUACAAAUAAAAUGUUUCAGUAUUUUUAAUUUUUGUGAAAAUAAUUUUUUCAAAAACAUAAAAUAAUUUAUAAAUGCAUAAUAUUAAUAACUGGUUAAUUAAGUUAAAAGUUUUACAAGAAUUUUAAAAACUCUAGUCAAUAGAGGUUUUUUUUAGGGUCAAGUUAUCGUGCGCUUUCGACAUUUCUAUUGUUGAAUUAGGAAAAAUUUGAAUUAUAUGAUAUCAAAUCAUAAAGUAAAUAUUUAAAAUACACGAAGAUAUUUCAACAAUAUGAGUUUAUACUCAUUAUAUUUUUGAGAGUUCUAACUUUUGACUUUUUAAUUUAAAAACUUUGUAAAUUUCAAUUUAUAUAGUUAUAGUAAAUUUAGUUAUUUUUUUU